AUGAUAUUUUGCAGAUUAGAACAAGCAACGGGAUUACCUCUAUCGCGUCAGAUUUAUGAACUACUUGGACUUUCACCUGCAGAAGGAAAAGUUAGGCCAGGACUUUUAGCCGAAGGAACCAUGGCUCAAAUCAAGCACGAACUUCAGAAAUUGCUUAUAAGAAAUGGACGUGGAACUCAUUAUGAGUUUGAGAUCAUCGACAAGUGUAUACAGGACAGCCACUUGCGAUGCCCAUCAAGCUUCCAAGCUAUACAGGACAUGCAGUUAUUGUUCGGCGCAUUGAAGGAUAAUGAUGUCAAGACUGCUGUUUGUACUGCAGAUAAUAGGGUAAACACCGUUGCAAUGCUGCGAAGGUUCGGUGUCGAAGACUUGGUAGACGUUUUAGUUUGCGGUGACGAUCCUGGAUCAAAGCCAAAACCGCAUCCUCGCAAUGCUAGCUUUAUUUGCCAAGCCACGAAUACUCCUCCUGAGAAUACGGUAAUGGUAGGGGAUACGUUGGCAGACUUGGGUAUGGCACGAGCUGCAGGCUUAGGUGCAGCCAUUGGUGUAUUAUCGGGUGUAGGAUCUCUAGAACAUUUGAAAUCACAUGCUGAUAUACUGGUAAGUAGCAUCAAUUUCUCUAGAAUUGCUCGUGCCAGCAUUGAACUGUUUCGUGCCAGCGCAGUCCUUCGACCAAUAGGGGGCGCGUCCAUGCUGAGCUGGCACGGCACUGGCCCACUGGCAACUCUUGACGUCUAG